AUGUGUAUUCAUAAGUCAAUAUUCUUUUUACUGGGUCUCCUUUUAAUCUAUCAUGAGCACAUUAACAUGUUAGUACUAGGUCUUAACGAAGAUCAAGUUUCUAAUAUGGUUUUUGAAACUAAACAACGCCAUUUCUCUAAGAAUAGGAUUGAUGACAUGGAAGAUGAAUCAUGGAUAAUGGUGCAGAGAAAUGGGAACCAAUUUGUGGUGAAUGAUCAACCAUUUUAUGUUAAUGGAUUCAAUACUUACUGGUUGAUGGUAUUUGCCGCGGAUGAGUCUACAAGAGGGAAAGUUACUGAGUUAUUUCGUCAAGCGUCUAGUGUGGGAAUGACAGUGUGUCGAACAUGGGGUUUCAAUGAUGGACAGUGGCGUGCUCUUCAGAAAAAACCAUCUGUCUAUGAUGAGGAAAUUUUCAAGGCCUUAGAUUUUGUGGUGAGUGAGGCAAGGAGAUUCAAUAUCAGGCUUAUAUUGUCAUUGACCAACAACUGGGAAGCUUAUGGUGGCAAACCGCAAUACGUCAAGUGGGGGAAGGAAGCUGGCUUAAAUUUGACAAAUGACGAUGAGUUCUUUUCUCACCCGACACUUAGAAGCUACUAUAGGUCCCAUGUCAAGACGGUGCUGAACAGAGUGAAUACAGUAAACAACAUAACAUACAAGGAUGACCCUACAAUUUUCGCAUGGGAGUUGAUUAAUGAACCGAGAUGUACAUCAGAUCCUUCCGGAGAUACUCUACAGGAAUGGAUAGAAGAAAUGGCGGUUUACGUGAAAACUGUUGAUCCAAAACAUUUGGUAGGGAUUGGUCUUGAAGGAUUUUACGGUCCUUCAACACCCAACAAGGUUCAAAACAAUCCUAAUACCUAUUGUCAACAAGUGGGAACUGAUUUCAUCAGAAACCAUCAAGUACUUGGUGUUGAUUUUGCUUCGGUUCAUGUAUAUGCUGACUCUUGGAUUUCACAACCAAUCUCUGAUGCUCACAUCACAUUCAUCAAGUCAUGGAUGCAAUCACACAUUGAUGAUACUGAGAAAUACCUAGGGAUGCCAGUGAUCUUCAGUGAGUUCGGUGUAUCUACAAAAGACCCGGGUUACAACGCAUCAUUUAGGGACAACCUAAUAAGCACGGUGUACAACACCUUGUUGGAUUCAGUCAGGAAAGGAGGCAGUGGAGGUGGGAGCCUUGUAUGGCAGCUCUUUCCUGAUGGAACAGAGUAUAUGGAUGACGGGUAUGCAAUUAUUCUUUCAAAAGCGCCCUCAACAUCACACAUUAUAUCACAACACUCGACAAGGCUCACACUUUUCAAUUCACUGUGUAAGUGGAAGUGCCGCUGGGGUUGCAAGAAGAAGCAUGGUUUUGAUGGAUACGAGUACCAUGAUGAUCACGAGUACCAUGAUGAGCUAUAAACAAUGAUAUCUCACUCUUUACUAAUGGUAUAAUUGGAGAAACGUUUGUUAAGAACUUCAAUACAGCGAAAGAAACAAAAAAAUCAGCAUAUACGUCUGCUCACAUUGUGAAUAAUUUACAUGCAAGUUAAUACCAUCUGUUAUAAAGAUAUACCACUCCAUUCUAGCAAGUAUGUUGUCCCUAAUCGUUUGAUUCACAAAAUAGAGCGAGAGAAUUUACUAGAAA